AUGGUAGUACGUUGUGAAGGGCAUGUAUGUAGUUCAAUGCACUUUUCACGUGGUGAAACUGGAACUUGUCAACAUUGUAACAAAUUAAUUCAUCUCUAUUGUACAACAUCAUUUCAAUUUCCAUCACAACUUGUAUUUUACAAUUUUGUGCGUUUAUAUUAUACAACCACAACUAAAACAGAUUGGUCAACCAAUGUAUUACCAGCACAUAUAUGUUAUGAUGCUAAACGGUGUAACGCAUAUUCUUCAACAAUUAAAAUUGACCAGUAUGAUUGUAGUGAAUAUAAUGAAUUUCAAUGGGUACAAAAUAUACAUUCAAUAUGA